AUCACCUCUCAAUGCGAACUACCUAUAUACAGACCCCUUAUUUGCAAGCAAGCAAUCCCUUUCUCUAUGCGGUUGACUGCGGCUUUCCCCUUACAUAUACCAGUAAGUCAUAUACCAACACUGGACUUAUAAACGAAGGAUCAUGACUGGCGAUGACUCCAGAGGAGGGGCAAGCAACUGCAAAAGCCAUUACAGUGAGGGCCAGCAUAGCAACAGUCAUGCCAAGGGCCACCACAGCAAAAGUCAUCAUGAUAAGAGCAGUAGGCCGGAGACAGGCACCAGGGCUACUGAGGACCUAUACGGCAUGGAGUCGGGGGCCAACAAAAAGAAGAAGCGCUGCCAUCAUCGUCCCAAGCCUAAGCCGAGACUCCCAACUGACUUCCUUGCCCUUCUGUGCUGGGAUUCUUGGCUCCCGUGGCCGAUUGAUUCCAAGAAAACCCAGAUCGACAAAGCAUCGCGCAAGCACAAGAGGUCUAGGAAGAGAACAUCUCACUCGGGCACCUCACAUCGUGUGCAAUAUUGGGUUCGGGAGGUGUCUUCUCAAGUGGCACCCUCCGUUCCCACGAUACCGCCAACUGUGGCAUCUCUAGCACCAUCAGCCCCCCAUCAUGCAAUGCUAACUUUAGUGAAAAGGGCGGACCAAGAAACAACUCAGUGCUCACCGACAUGGCAGGAGUUUUGGUGCGGCUUGAAGGAUAACAGUUCACACAACUGAUCAGUAUAUGUAGGAGGCUGAUGGGACAGCAGCGGGACUUUUGGUCGACGAAGAUCCGAGACAGAAGCACAUGGUUUAGCGUUGGAGACAAAGACGAAAAGAACAGCAACGCCUGCACAGUGAAGAGCACCAGAGACUUACCUACCUUAUGCAAACAAGAAAAAGAAAUCGGUAUGGACAUUUGGCUUCGAUAAGAAUGCCGGCGGAGAGACGGCCACCUUCUCUGUAUGAAACAG